CUCUCCACGUCUCCAAUAUAAUAUCUCAAAGCUUAAACACUUUCUGAUAUAGUACUUCUUGAUGAAGGAAAUUCAUUUAGAAGAUGUUUUCACGUGCUUUGCGGAGCCAAUUGAAGGCCAGAUGUGCGUGGCGAGUUUUCUCAACGACAGCCUUUCGAGAGGCUGACUUCACUCAUGCUGUCAUUGGCGGAGGGGCAGUGGGUCUUGCCAUUGCAAGGCAAUUGGCUGCACGAAACGGAACAAGUACCGUGCUCAUCGAGAGGAACAGUGCGGUUGGGAUGGAAACAAGCUCCCGGAACUCAGAGGUAAUUCAUGCCGGCUUGUAUUAUGGCGCCACGUCGCUGAAAACAACCCUUUGCAUCCGUGGCCGCCAGCUGAUGUAUACCCUCUGCCAAAAAUAUGAGAUCCCGCACCACAACAUGGGCAAAUGGAUUGUCGCCCAAACAGACCAACAAUGGGAGGAACUCGUCAAAGUCCACAAGCUCACUCGCUCCAUCGAAGGUGUGCCCACGCACUUCGUAUCCCUAGAACAGGCCGCCAAGGAAGAGCCUUUCGUGCAAGCCAAAGCUGGGAUCCUGGCUUCCCCAACAACAGGAAUCAUUGACAGCCACGCAUACAUGCAAUUUCUGCUUGGAGAUUUCCAAGACAGGGGCGGAGAUAUCGCGCUCUUCAGCCCCGUAACUUGUAUCGAGGCUCUUGGUGAGUGCGGGUCCCAGGGUUGGGCUAUAACGACCAAGGAUAAACAGUCUGGGGAAGAAAGCACGAUUACCUCUGAGACGAUUAUCAAUUCGGCCGGUGUAGGUGGUGCUUGUGAUAUAAAUAAUAUGAUCUUACCGCCAGCCAGACACCAGACACAGUAUUACGCGAAAGGAAAUUACUUUUCAUACGCUGCAUCGACACCCAGCGUAAAGCGCCUCAUAUAUCCCGCCCCAGAGCCCGGAUUAGGAGGACUAGGAACACAUCUCACACUGGACAUCGCUGGUAGAAUUAGGUUCGGCCCUGAUGUUCAAUGGGUCGACGAUCCCAACGAUCUGGCCGUUGAUAGUUCUCGACUGGGAGAAGCAAUCACACAGAUCAAGAAGUUCUUGCCGUCGAUUAAAGAGGAGGCAAUCACGCCGGACUAUGCAGGAAUUCGUCCGAAGUUGGGAAAAGAUAGCGCGGUUGCGAGUGGAAAGGGGUUUCAGGAUUUCGUUAUCAGGAAGGAGGAGGAUUUUGUAGGGUUUGUGAAUCUUUUGGGGAUUGAGAGCCCUGGGUUGACUAGUAGUUUGGCGAUUGCGGAGAUGGUGGAGAGGUUGCUUUAUAAGUGAUUGGUAGGAGGGUUGAGGGUUGAGAAAGGUUUGAAGUGAUAGAUGUAUGGGUCUGGGAAGUGGAGAUGUCGUGAUGAUGGUGUGAAUGGGCGAGUUUCUGUGUCCGCUUAUUUGGCUAAACUGGGGCCCAGGCGUUGAAGUUAACGCGCGAACGUAUGUACAUUUGAUAGGAUUAUCAUUGCUCUAUCCUUAUUUAACUUGAUAUUUCCCCCUAUCAUUGAUGUGAAGGGGGCAGAAGCGAGUGCAAGGUAGCACUUAGAGAGGUGCAAAUCACUCAACAGAAUAUUUACUACAUUAAAAACUC